AUGGUUACUCCAAGCACCUGCUGUGGAAAGAGCGGGGAGGGUUGUGUCUGCGCAGCUCAAGCCAAAUGCUCUUGCGGUGCAAAGGCUGCACUGCACUGCACAUGUGCCAAAGCCCAGACGGAGAACGAAGUCAAGGGACCACGCUGCUCAUGCCGUGCUCGUCCUGCAGGAGAAUGCACUUGUGAGCGUGCUGCAACUGAGAACGUAACACCAAGCGGCUCGCUUUGCUCCUGUGGUGCUCGCCCGGCCGAUGCAUGCACCUGCGAGAAAGCCUCUGAUGGCGGACUCCUGCCAACCGAGACCGACUUCACCACCAGGGCAUAA